AUGUCGUCUGCUGCUAUGCAAACGAUAUCCCCACAUACUUCGGCGCCAGCUUCCUCUCCCUACGCCUCCUCUUCGCAUGCUUUCCAAGCCCGCACUCAACAAAGCUACUCACCGCAGCCUGCCGAUGUGCCUUCCCAUAACUCUCCCGCGUCGCGACGGCCGAGUCGCCAGCCGAGUGCCAAUGCUGUCCAUGUCAGCUCGUCUCUAGCUCCUCAGUGGCCGUCUCAUGUUUCUCCAUCCGACGCUAUGAGCACCUCCACACAACAACAACAACAACCUUUGCCAACGACUACCCGUGAGGCCCCUGCCUCGCCGGUUUCUGCACAAUCUUCGGGCCAUAGUCGCAACCGCUCCCAUGUCCCCGAGCCCCUAGGAACCCCGCCAAUUCCUCCACGAACCUCGUCAAACCAACGUAGCCGCCACCACAAUUCUGGACAUUCGCGGAACGAAGGAAAAGACCGUGGUGACCGUGAGCGGAGCGCGACAAGCAGAGAUAGGCCAAUGGAUGAAACCAGCGCUGGAGGCGGUCGGUCCCGCCGGAAGGCUCCACAGUCUCCCGAGGGACCACCGCGCGCCACAAAUGCGAACGAGGCGCAGGAUCAGUCCUCCACUUCUGCUCUCCAGAGCCGUUCGGACGCCGCGAUGGGAGCUCCGUCAGGACAACCCAGCCUGGUCAAGGAAUCCAGUACCAUCAUCAAUCAAGUGGUGAUUACCGACCCCGCUGAGGACAUUGAGCGGGAGAACGCUCGCCAGAUCGAGGCGCAACCUUCAUCCGCCGUCGGGCUGACUCCUGUGACCGGGCUGAGUCUGGUGGGCGAUGAGGGCGUGGAUGACGGGGGUCGUGGCGGAUUGAGAAGUAGACAUGAUUAUUCCAGCAACUCGGGCAGAAAGAAGGAGACCACGUUCGGCCAAUAUAUCCUGGGCCAGACCCUGGGCGAAGGAGAAUUCGGGAAGGUCAAGUUGGGCUGGAAAAAAGAUGGCAGUGUUCAGGUCGCCAUCAAGCUGAUUCGUCGAGAGAGCCUAGGAUCCAAUCCCAGCAGGCUGCCCAAGAUCUACCGGGAAAUUUCCAUCCUUCGCGAGCUUUCUCAUCCAAACAUCGUCCGGUUGCACGAGAUGGUCGAGACGGACCGCCAUAUUGGCAUCAUCAUGGAGUAUGCGUCCGGUGGAGAGCUCUUUGAUUACAUCUUGAACAACCGCUACCUGAAGGACAAUGCCGCCCGACGUCUCUUCGCUCAGCUGGUGUCGGGCGUGGGCUACCUGCACAAGAAAGGCAUCGUUCACCGCGAUCUGAAACUGGAAAACUUACUGCUGGACCGGAAUCGCAAUAUCAUCAUUACGGACUUUGGAUUCGCCAACACUUUCAAUCCGAAUGACGAGCUCGGGGAAGAGAUCGAAUACAAUCUGACCAACAAAGAGUUCGUGAAAAGGAUGCGCCUUGACAAGGUUGAUGCCAACGGAAUGAGACGUGGCGAUUUGAUGCAGACAAGUUGCGGCAGCCCCUGCUAUGCGGCUCCAGAACUGGUCGUGAGUGACUCUCUGUACACGGGACGGAAAGUGGAUGUCUGGAGCUGCGGGGUGAUCUUGUAUGCUAUGCUGGCUGGUUACUUGCCCUUCGAUGAUGACCCUGCAAAUCCAGAAGGGGACAAUAUUAACCUCCUGUACAAGUACAUCGUCACGACCCCCUUGACGUUCCCCGAAUAUGUCACCCCCCAUGCUCGUGAUCUCUUGAGACGGAUUCUCGUUCCGGACCCCCGGAAACGAGCUGAUCUAUUCGAAGUCGCCCGACACAGCUGGCUCAGUGAAUAUUCGCACAUUGUGUCUCACAUCACAAGCAGUACAACCAAUAUCAACGACAUUGCUACCACUACCGUCCCUCCUGAAGGAACACAGGAAGGUCCAUCACUCACCCGUAGCGCCUCAGUCCGGGAGCCUCCGAAGAGUUACCAAAGCAGCACGGCACCUCUUGGUGGACUCAUUCACCAGCAAGGAAAGAUUUCUCAAGAUGAACAGACCGAAAAGACCAGGCGUGAUGCCAAGAGGAGAACUGUCCAGGUGGAAUAUGUUGCUCCUCAGUCCCAGACGGCUCGUGGCGAGGCGCCCACCAAAAAUACCUCCAACACAGCUGCUCCUUCGUCUGCAGCGACCAAGACGCCUGCCGUGUCGGACAGUCGCGGUGGUACUGACCAGUCAACGUCACUAGCAGCGGCCCAGAACAAGCCGUUACCAGUUGAUCCUCCCGCUGAAGCUGGUUCUCGUGGGACCCAUGUUAAGGCGUCGGGUGCUACCCAAGAACUGCCACCGACCCAUGCCAAUAUGCCGCGUUCCAUGUCGGAAUCUGCUGGAACUUCACUGGGGAAUCAGGCCCAGUCGCAAACGACGCGCCCAAAUACAGGUCAUUCCAUGGCCUCGCUCAAUGCUGGGAGAUUGCCUUCGCGGGGUUCCUAUGGUCAACCCGUGGCUCCUACUGUGGCUGCCACCAAUGCUCAAGGCCGACUGGCACAGCCGAAGAAUGGCAAACAGUAUUCUAUCUCGUCGCCUAUUCCACAGGAUUCCUCAAGCGCGUCCAUUGGGCGUCCCAGCACGCAGCAGUUGCCGGCUAAGUUCAAUGCGACUCCUGCACAAGAGCCACCAAAGGGUCAUAAGCGAUCGAACACGGUUAGUAGUAUCGGUGAGAAGAUUUUCGGAAGGUCCGGAUCACUGUUUGGCAACCGUGGAAACCAGGCUGCUGGUCCUCGUCAGAAGUCGGGCAAACGUUAUCCUCCAACCAGCAUGAAGGAGCCCUAUGCGGGUGACGAAUCCAGAACUUCACUGGAUUCCCGGCGCUCGAUUUCCUACGCAUUCAAUCGCAAGCAGAGCGAUGCCGCGUCGGAAACCCGCCCGCGGAGAUUCUCUCUUCUUAAUUCGCUGAAGGGCCUUGGAUCUGGAAAAGGAGACCAACAAACCGAUGGAGAGCCCCAAACCGGUCAUGAUCAGGAUUUCUCACGGCCGGCUACCGGUCCGACUGGACCUUCGAGUCGGACGACGACAGGGUACGGUGCCUACGAGAACUCUCAGAACUCUCAGAAGGAGGCGGAGCCACAGCCACAGGAUAUGAGCUAUGAAGCGCAGAUUGAAAGACAAUUUGCAGAGUUGCAUGAGAGUCAACAAAAUUUCCAGGCCGAUGCCUACGCCUCGCAAUCCACCGAAUACGGAUCAUCCCAAAAUGACCUUCAGCCUCAGUAUACCAAUCAGUAUGGUUAUCAAUACGGCUAUGAUGAUAGAUCACGGCCUUCGGUUCAAGUGACCCGGUCGAAAGGAACCGUGCUGCAGAAAAACAGGAAAUUCGCGGAUGCGUAUGAGUAUGAAAGGGAUCUUUCACACCAUUCAGGGAGCUCAGGCGCUGCCAGGAAAGUCAUGGACUUUUUCCGACGCAGAGGCAAGGCGAGGGCCGGUGAAGAUCGAUGA